AUGCAUAACCGAGGGAGACUUCCUAGUUACGCUUUCUUGUCCCCCGAGGCGACACAGAGGCUGGCGGACGUGACCGAGCAAGGCACAUACGGUCUCUCACCGUUCGAGAAAAUGUGGAUGAGCCGAAGACCGCAGCUUUUAGAGCAUGGAUACGUCCUCCGGCCGCGAUAUGCGCAGGACUGGCGACCCUCAUGGAUCGGUACCAACAUUGACCCGUUUUAUUGCGAGGACUCAAUAAUGUCCAUGACUCUCAAUAUUAUUGACGCCAGAGCUUCGGACGGGAAUCUCGUCGCCAUCAAGCGCUUGCAAAACACAGGCCAGGAGAUAGAGAUUGCGCAAUUCUUCACCUCUAUCAAGCAUCCACACAACCACUGCGUACCCAUCGUAGACGUCUUUCCGGACACGCUCGAUCCAACAUACACGUUCAUGGUCAUGCCUUUCUUGAGGCCUUUCGACAACCCCGAGUUUGAAUUGGUCGGAGAGGUCAUCGAGUUCGUUCGUCAAAUGUUAGAGGGCCUCGCGUUUCUCCAUUCACACUCCGUAGCUCACAGGGAUAUAGCGGUGCCGAACGUCAUGAUGGACGGCCGACUACUUUACCCUCAAGGACACCACCCGGUCCGCAUGGAUAGUUCCAUCGAUGCCAUAGACGAACUGAAACCUCUGCGGAGGAUAGACGUUCAGAUCAAGUACUUUUACGUCGACUUCGGCCUCUCCGUCAAGUUUCCACCAGGAGGCUCCUCACAAGUCGUAGGCAAGUUAGGUCGCGAUGCAUCAGUUCCCGAACUCUCCUGGACGACUCCAUACGAUGCAUACAAGGCGGACGUGCACGCGCUCGGCACGGUCUUCCAGAAAGAGUUCCAACAGAAGUAUCACGACAUGGACUUCUUGGCACCACUUGUGGAUUGUAUGAAGCAACGCCAACCCGAGCUCCGGCCUUCUGCGGGCGAGCUUGUCAGCAUGUUCCAACAACUGUGCAGGCUCGAGAACCCGUCUAAGACUCGCUGGCGCCUCAGCCCAAGGGCCGAGUCCGGUCCCGAACGCAUGAUCAACGACACGAUUGCUGCAGCUCGAGACGGGCUCAGCAACCUCAAGCGGUUCGUUGGCUGA